AUGGGGUUUGCGGAUUACCUGCAGAAGCAGCGAUGCCCGAGAACCGAACGAGAGGAAGUGAUAGAACCGCCACCCAUGGCCCCGAGCGAUAGUACUGUGGAGAAUAGGAAAGACGGCCAUGUCGUAGUCACUUCGCCAGUCAAUCUUAGGAUUGUGGUACCAGAAGAUAAUGGGAUGGAUGACUGCAAACAUCGUUCUGUGAUUCAUAUUGGAGAUAGCAGCGAUAGUGAUGACGAUGAUUUAAAUCUGGAGGAAGAAGGGAAGAACAGACAACGUGGGACCCUUCUGCUGGCGAAGGACCCAUCACCAUCGAGUGAUGGCCAAAACGAUAGUAAUAUGAACAAUAAUAAUAGUAGCAGUAGUGGCUAUUGUCAUGGAUUUAUUUCAUCCUCAACGAAGACGCCGAGUGUUGUGUGUGUUCCGCCGGUCAGCGCAGUGCGCUGGAACUGGUGGACGGGUUUUGGCAUUAAUGAUGAUGAAUUGGAGUUGAAUGGGAGUACGCUGGAUGAACCAAUGACACCGCAGAGCUACUCCUCAAUGCGGUUUCUCGGUGAUUCCAACCAACUUAACCGCAGCGCAGUGAUUGGCAGCCCCAAAACUAGUACCACCAGUGACAGUCAUGUCCAGGGGCGCCUUCAGCAGGACGGGAAAGUUGGUAAUCGCACCACAACACGUUCAGAGAGCUCGCAAUGUUCACUAAGCAACACUUUUAACAGACAAUUCAGUGAACUGCAACGAAGUGGGAUGGCGACGACACCUUCAGCGUCGACGGAAUUUCGUUCACGAGGCACUGGAAAACCACCCUUGCCAAUAACGGUUUAUUGCUCCAUAGAAUCGGCUCCUCACUUUACAAGGUCGCCGUCGCGGAAUCCGUGUGGUUUUUUUGAGGCAUCCAGCGCGAGGGAGAGCCGUGGCUUUAAACCCCUGACUGAUCUUGAACUCAACUCUCUUCCACCUGAACCAGCGGAGCUAACGAGCGUUAAUGUUGGUCGAACCCGUUCCUUUUCCUUCAAGAAGAACGUUGUUGAGUGUCGUUCUGCGGACGAGCAAUUGUUGGGGAAUCAUCAAAAGCUCCUCAAUGGAAAGUAUGUCAUUUACACCAAGCGGUACCUUGGCGUAGGUUCAUACUCCAAGGUGCUGCUCUGCUAUAACCUUGAGGACAAAGUAUACUACGCGUUGAAGGUGUUUAAUCGAAUGAAAUUGCAAAGAAAGGUGCUGGGGGUGGACUGCGUCCUGCAUAAGGUGCAUUCUGAGAUUGCCAUCAUGAAGAAGUUGCGUCAUAACAAUAUUGUAGCCCUCGCUGAGGUGAUAGAUGACCCGAGGAGCAGAAAGAUUUAUUUGGUUUUAGAACUUGCCGAACGUGGCGAAAUUAUGUCUAUGAGAAAUGAUGGCACUGUAAUUCCCAUAGAUGACAAUAAGGCACUUCCUGAGAGUGAGGUUGUACGUGUGAUGCGUAGUGUUGUCUCCGCGGCAAUGUACACCCACCGUCUCGGUAUUGUCCAUCGUGACAUUAAACCCCAAAAUAUUCUAUUGACUUCCGAUGGGGAUGUAAAACUCUCAGAUUUUGGCGCCUCCAUUGUCGUGGAUAACUCGGCUAUGCGUGUACGGCGUGAGGGAAGUGUGGCUUUUAUGCCGCCAGAGAUGUUGGUUUCGUCUCUGGUACAUGUGGCGCCCUCUUGUAUACGCAAGCCUAGUAUUAGUAGCAGCAGUCACGGAAGUAGUACGAGGGUGAUACCCACGACAUCAUCAUGUUUAUUAAAAACGGAGAAAGUAGAUAAGGGAAUUGGGACCAUGUCUUCAGUUUCUUCGAGGGAGGACUCGUUUGGGGAGCAAUGCAACCCUAAACAAACAGAAGUUGGUCCGGAAUCAAACCUUGCGGUUUCCGCUCGCAGGUCGGCAAGGAUAAAUGUGGACUCCUCAACCAGUGUCCCACAACCCACCCCUGAGGUGGAUCUCUUCAAGGCAGACGUUUUCUCUAUUGGCGUUACUGCCUUUGUACUACUCAUGGGGAAACUUCCGUGGCGUGCGCAUGAUGUUCGUUCGCAAUUGAAUGCUAUUCUUGCCGAACCGGAUCCAUUUGAAGUGGAAUUUCGGAAAGCCUGCGAGCAAACCGAAAACGGCAGCAAAUCUCACAUGAAGAAUAUCUCUGAACCCGACUCAUUGCUUCUUUUGGAAAAAGAUGAUCCGUUAACUCGUGUGGAGACGAUAUACACAGCUGAUGACACGAUAUUGGAUCCAUAUAAGGAAGAGAGGAUGACUUCAAGGGACGGUGGACUCCAGGGCGGGGACACGAAUGACAUGUGCCCGCUCGAGGCUGAAAAUCCGCGGGGGUGCGAUUCAUUUACAUUACUUCCCCCAAAUGAAGAGAUUUCAUUCCAUCCCAAGCGAGAUGAGGAUUUAAUGGGCUGCAUGCAUAUCAACGAGCGCGAGGAUGAUAAGAAAAUGCCGGCAAACGAUCCAUCCAGAAUGAAUCCGGUAUUAAACGUCUCCCAUGCCUCCAGCUGCCGAUGGGACACGCAGCAAACAUGUAAUUUUAUCAAUUCUUCCAAUGCCAACGCCGCAGCAACCGAUGCUGGUUGGGAGCAUAUAGAAAAGACAAAUGAAUUUGUUUCUCAAGCAGAUCAAUUCUCCACACAAAGCGGUGGUACAGCAAUAAACUCUGUAGCUUUAGGCAGCACCGCGCAAUGUUGCCAGUCAUCGGGGGGAUGGCUGGACUCCACAAUCAGCGGAAGUCCGUUUUCUCCACUCGUUUUGGGGACGCCAAAGAGCUUUCAGCAAACUUAUGUGAGCACCGUGGAAAAUAGUGAAUUCACUAUGAGGACAGCGACAAGUAGGAAGGUUUGGAUUGAUGGUGAUAGAAGCCAACCUUCAUUACCGACAAAGAACAUAAAAGGCUCUAUCUCGGCCAAUGCCAUUGAUUUUAUUUGCUCUUGCCUGCAUGUGGAUCCUGCGAAGCGAAGUUCGAUGGAGAAGCUCUACCACCAUCCAUGGUUACAGGGCAUAAUGACAAAUGAGGAAGAGAAGAUGAGUUCGUUGGAUGGAGCUUCAGCAAUUCCUUGCCCUGCUGACAUGCAAACCGGAAAACAGAACGCAAAAAGAGGGGUUGAAGAAAAGAGCCUUUCUAAUUAG